CGCAGCUCACACUAGUUUAAGGCUAGUUCCCACCAUUACGACAGAAUAUACUGGUGAAACCACAACUCGCCCCAGACGUGACAACAACAUGAUGUUCACAAGAAAURUUUGGUUUGGUACUCUUCUUAUUGUUGGUAGUCUUGUGUCGUCUCAUUCUGUAWUGAGUGAUAGUCGAGUGUUGGAAACCACACAASACGCAACAACUGAAGUCAAGACGCUUGUGGAUUCUAAACCAAAGCUACAWCUAUCAWAUGAGCAUCGCAUAUUCUUGAGUCAGUUAGCUCAUGAUGAGAAACAACMAGAURAAGAAGUUAAAAACAAMGCUGAAACAUUUAAGGACAACAUGCCACUAGCAKGGAAAAAAUCGCCACAAAUCAUAUUYCAUCGCAGUGAAAUCCAAAGUCGUUUCAAAAUACGUGAGCGCCGAGGAGAUCCCGAACCAAAUCCGGAAUCAGAGAAGUCCUCUUCAGAGCCCGAAGGGACCUCAGAGCCAGAGACGAAUCCGAACUCAACUUCAGAACCSGAACCAGAGCCGGAGAUGUGGCCAGAGCCGGAGCCCGACUGGGAAACAGCACCAGAAGURUGGAAAGCAGCUUGGCCCAUCCACGUGUAUGGAUUUGGUUCUAUCUUAUUGGUAUUAGCAAUGAUAUCACUGUUUGAACUUGUGCAAAUUCACGUCAGAAGUCGACGCAAAACGGCUUUAAAAGUCAGUUUACUAAUAAUGAUUUUUGUAUUCUGUGGGACAAGAUGUGUUGCUUUAUUCAUUGAUCCUUAUGGUUCUACUGGAAAAGUGAAUCCAAUAGCAGCAAGAAUCUUGUUUUCUAUUGGCCAACCUUGUAUUAUUUCGUCAAUGAGCCUCUUGCUGUUGGUCUUGAUUGACACCACUAAAAUGAACAUAGCUCCGCCCACUUUUCAACGAGUCCAGGUGAUCAUUGCGGUCGUCGUGUGUCACGUGAUUUUAGUUCUCACCACUGACAUCGUGGUCGCGUUUUACGUGAAAACAAAAAUCUUAAUAUUGAUCUGUCAAAUCUACUUUCUUAUAACGGGAUCGAUAUUAACAAUAGGGUAUGCUAGAGUAGGGUUCAAAAUCGCCAAGAAUUCAUCCGCUUGCACGACGCGAGACACCAAGAUGGAAAAAUUGAAAAUACUUAUUAUGGUAGCUUCGGCCACAGGACUUAUCACCGUCAUUCUAACCAUCUAUGGGGCCGCAGGGGUGUUUGGGAUAUACUCUGACGUCAUGGUGGUAGAGGCGUGGCCUUGGUGGUCGUUUCAAACCAUUGGUCGAACUCUAGAGAUUGUMAUGGUGAUURUUCUGCUGCUUAUGAAUAUUAAUGUCAGCGGUUCUGGUCGCGGRAUAAAGCAAUUAUGCAUWAAUKGYUGUAAUAGAGUUUUCUACAAAAACAAAGUUCAUUCCGAGCGAAGGUUACACGUGAGUUCUGCAAUAAACACAAACAGUUGGAUGUCGUAACAAACGUCAAAAGACGCCAAAAAGAAGUCAAUCGACGAGAAAACCAGCUUUUAACUAGUGUGAACUGCGUCGGUUUUACAUCGGAGCUGUGUCGAUGACGUCGAUAUAAUAUCGGAAAUACAUCGGUAAAACAUCGGAAAACCGUCGGAAAAAAUGCAUGAAAAACAGUGCAUGAAACGCCGAGUGAACACCGAYCUCGGUUUCAUUAUUGCGACGAUUGGAUUUGUGGGAAAUAUCAAAUAUCAAGGGAUUCGCAUGCGGAGGAACUUAAUCAUCAGAAUCCAGACGUCCUCACUGAGUGUGAGGUAUAAUCAAUAAUAAAUAACAAAUUAAAAAUAUAUAAACUGUAUUAAGAAUUUCUUCGUACACAGGCAUAUUAUUAUUAAUACUUGUUGAGUCUUCUGUGCAAAAUUGAUUUAUUUAAACCAAGCGUUCGGCUUAAGCAGCCAUUUUCAAGGUUGAAAGAUCAUCACGUGUAGUACACCCUUAAAAAUGGCUGCUUAGGCCGAAAGCUUGGUUAAAAUAUAUCAAUUUUGCACAGACCCAACAAGUAUUAAUAAUAUAUACUGUUUAUUUAUACUGUUUUAUCUAAUUGUAUGAGGAAGUAGCUGAUCCCAUUAAAGAGUGCUCAAUACACAUAAAGUGUAGAGCUGGUUAUAUAUAUAAUAUCAAAGAGGCAAGAUUUUGCUGUAACUCCGAGUUUCGUGCUACGCACUCAUCAGAUAGUAUUUAUCUAUAUAUGUUAUACAAUGAUAGAUUAAAUUAAAAUGUAUAMUCUAAUUUUAUGCAAUCAUAAUGUCAUAGCUAUUGAUAAUAAUGAUAUCUAUUAAUUAUUAAUUAAUUAUUGAUUAUAUAGAGG